GCGCAGCCUGAGUUAGCCAGGCGAAUCUCUCUUGCAAAGACCUGGUCCAGCUACCGGACAAAGGGCGGAGGAGGGGCUGGACAGAGCAGCGGAAUCCGAAAGAAGCCAUUUAGCGACUUUGGCUAGGCCUAGGGGAAUGCAGAGGGGACACAGAGCCGGCGGGCCAAGAGGACGAUCCGGCAGCAGCACGCAGAGCGGGCGGCGAUGGAGGCUGCUCGCGCCGUGCGCUUCCUGUUCGUGGUGUGCUGCUGCCUUGCGCUCCCGCCGCUGGCCGAGCCCGUGUGCCCCGAGCGCUGCGAUUGCCAGCACCCUCAGCACCUCCUGUGCACCAACAGGGGGCUCCGCGCCGUGCCGAAGACCAGCUCGCUGCCUAGCCCCCAGGAGGUGCUCACCUACAGUUUGGGCGGCAACUUCAUAACUAACAUCACGGCCUUCGACUUCCACCGCCUGGGGCAACUCCGACGGUUGGACCUGCAGUACAACCAGAUCCGCUCUCUACAUCCCAAGACCUUCGAGAAGCUCUCGCGGUUGGAAGAACUCUAUCUGGGGAACAACCUCUUGCAGGCGCUCGCCCCAGGCACACUGGCCCCGCUGCGCAAGCUGCGCAUCCUCUACGCAAACGGGAACGAGAUAGGUCGCUUAAGUCGCGGUUCCUUCGAGGGCCUGGAAAGUCUGGUCAAGCUGCGUCUCGAUGGGAACGCCCUGGGCUCACUGCCGGAUGCCGUCUUCGCACCUCUGGGUAACCUGCUCUACCUACAUUUGGAGUCCAACAGAAUCCGUUUUCUUGGCAAGAACGCCUUCACACAUCUGGGCAAGCUACGCUUCCUCAACCUCUCUGCCAAUGAGCUACAGCCCUCCCUUCGCCACGCAGCCACCUUCGCACCGCUGCGCUCUCUCUCCACUCUCAUCCUUUCUGACAACAGCCUGCAGCACCUUGGACCGCGAGUCUUCCAGCACCUUCCGCGCCUCGGCCUGCUCUCUCUCAGGGGUAACCAGCUCUCACACCUCGCCCCGGAGACCUUCUGGGGUUUGGAGGCCCUGCGCGAGCUGCGCCUGGAGGGCAACAGGCUAAAUCAGCUGCCUGUGGCACUGCUGGAGCCGCUGCAGAGCCUGGAGGCGCUGGACCUAAGCGGCAACGAGCUGUCGGCACUGCACCCCACUACCUUUGGCCAACUCGGCCGCCUACGCGAGCUCAGCCUGCGGGACAACGCACUCAGCGCCCUCUCUGGGGACAUAUUCGCGGCCAGUCCAGCCCUCUACCGGCUGGAUCUAGACGGCAACGGCUGGACUUGCGACUGCAGGCUGAGGGGUCUAAAGCACUGGAUGGGAAACUGGCACUCGCAGGGCCGGCUCCUCACCGUCUUCGUACAGUGUCGCCACCCCCCGGCCCUUCGGGGCAAGUACCUGGAUUACCUGGAUGACCAGCAGCUGCAGAACGGGUCUUGCGCUGAUCUCUCGCCCUCUGCUGCCCCGACAGCGGAUAGUAGGCGGUGGCCCCCACCCACAGCAGCGAAGGAGGAGAUGGUGCCCUCUGCAGGCAGUCUUGCAGAGGAGUUGCCGCCCCAGCCGCAGUCGCAGCAGCGGGGGCGAUUUCUUUCUGGGGUAGCCUGGGAUGGGACCGUCAAGGAGCUCAUUAGCAACCGCAGUGUACUGAGGCUGAGCCGGCGGGGCCCGGGCCUCCAGCAGCCAGGUCCCACCGCUGCCGCGGCCGCUGGCCCCGCGUCACACCUGCUGGAAGUGCCCGAGAAGCACGAGCAGGGACGUCUGACCAGUGGCGACCCCAGACUGGCGGAGCCCACCCCGACGGUGAUCUCUGGCUCGGCUCCUUCUCUGACCGGCGACUCUUGGCAGCGCGCGGCAAAGCAGAGCCUAGCCCCGGAUCAGCUGGAGCGCGCCGCCCAGUCCUACGGUAGGGUGGGCCUGCCACCACUAGUGUCCGACCCAUGCGACUUCAACAAGUUCAUCCUGUGCAACCUAACAGUGGAGGCAGUGGGCGCCAACAGUGCCUCCGUGCGCUGGGCAGUGCGCGAACACCGCAGUCCCCGGCCGCUGGGCGGCGCGCGCUUCCGCUUGCUCUUCGACCGCUUUGGCCAACAGCCCAAGUUCCACCGCUUCGUCUACCUGCCCGAGCGUAGCGACUCAGCCACGCUGCGCGAGCUGCGCGGAGACACGCCCUACCUCGUGUGUGUGGAGGGCGUGCUCGGUGGCCGGGUCUGCCCCGUGGCUCCUCGUGACCACUGCGCCGGGCUAGUUACCUUGCCGGAACCAGGGGGCCGAGGCAGCGUCGACUACCAGCUGCUGACCUUGGUCUUACUGGUGGUCAACGCGCUGCUGGUGCUCCUGGCCUUGAUGGCCUGGGCGUCGCGCUGGCUGCGGAGGAAGCUGCGGGCCCGGCGGAAGGGCGGGGCUCCGGUGCACGUUCGCCACAUGUACUCCACCCGACGGCCCCUGCGCUCCAUGGGCACGGGUGUGUCAGCCGACUUCGCGGGAUUCCAGUCGCAUCGACCGCGCACCACCGUGUGUGCGCUCAGCGAGGCUGAUCUCAUCGAGUUCCCCUGCGAUCGCUUCAUGGACAGCGCAGGCGGUGGCGCCGGUGGCAGCUUGAGGAGAGAGGACCAUCUUCUGCAGCGAUUUGCAGACUAG